GGGUUCAUUCUUGUUCUUCUUCUUGUUCUUUUAGAUGUCUACUUGAAACAGAACCAACUGGAGGAGAGGGUCCUCAGGUCAAGAUCUGAGGCUUUUUUUGGCUUUUCCUUUUCCACAAAUUAGUUUAAAAGAUGAGCGCUUCUAGGUUUAUCAAAUGUGUUACUGUUGGUGAUGGAGCUGUCGGCAAAACUUGUUUGCUUAUUUCAUACACCAGCAAUACUUUCCCCACGGAUUAUGUGCCGACAGUUUUUGACAAUUUCAGUGCGAAUGUGGUUGUUAAUGGGAGCAUUGUUAAUCUGGGUUUGUGGGAUACUGCUGGACAAGAGGAUUAUAACAGAUUAAGACCAUUGAGUUACCGUGGUGCCGAUGUUUUCAUAUUGGCUUUCUCUCUCAUAAGCAAGGCUAGUUAUGAAAAUGUCUCCAAAAAGUGGAUUCCAGAGUUGAAGCAUUAUGCACCUGGUGUCCCCAUAAUUCUGUUUGGGACAAAGCUUGGUAUGUUUGUUGCUGCAUAA